AUGUCAGCUGAUAUAGUAUCAUAUCACGGUGGAGAUGGUGGUGGUCAAGACCCCACAGAUCCUAGCAGGAUACCCUCAACUUGCGAGUCAGAACCUGAAAGAGUUAUGGGAACUCUGUAUACGGAGAUGCGCAAAAGAUAUUCAGAGAGAAAGAAUAUUAGACAUUCUCAUUUCCAAAAAUAUUAUUCUGGAAAUCCGAAUGAUUUGGAUAGUGCUCUCAAUGCUAUUCCUGACUUGUGCUCGAAGGAGAGCUGGAAAGAAAUCGUCGAUUUGUUUCUGAGCCCAAAAUUUAUAGCGCGAUCUACACAGAACAAGAAAAAUAGAAAGGAAAUGAAGUAUUUGUCGACGCAAGGCUCUAAAUCAAUGGCAGCGAUUCGUAACGAAUAUGAUGAACCUGAUGAGCAUGCCAUUGAUGCUUGGAGAGAUACACAUAUAAAAAAAUCUACGAAGACUUGGGUUAGCGAAACUUGCAAAGAACUACAUGAACAAAUGACCCAAGAGAUGGAGAGGCAAAAUAUUCAAAGUAGUCAGUCAGGUUCGGAAUCUGCUUCUAGUGAAGGUUCUACUGCUAAAUCAAUACAGUAUCAGGUUAUGGAUAAAGUCCUUGGCUCGAGGUCUGAUUAUCAAAUAGGAGUGGGAUACAGGCCUAGAGGCAAAGGGAAGAAAUCAGCAUCUAGCUCCACAAGUCGAAGUUCAAGCCAAACUCAGUCACAAGUUCCUACUAAUGUGACUCCAGAGAUGAUGGGAGUUUUGGCUGAGAUGUGGGUUAAGAUGCGUGAUAAGGUCGAGUCAGGAAAUUUUCAGACUGAUUCUUCCCUCCAUGACCCACGCUAUGAAAGUUUAUUGCAGCAGUUCUUACCUUCUCAACAACAAGGUAGUACAUCCAAUCAAAGCCCGGGGACGUCGUCGAUGCCACAGCAACUACAACAAAAUUCUCCAAACAUAUCUGGUGGUUCCUCUCAGUCGCCACUUUUUAAUUAUAUGUUUGGACUUUCUUCCCAGUUUCCUCAGACACAACCUAUGGGAAGUCAGUUUGGAGGAUUACCGCAGCAGCAGCAACAGCAACAACAACCUAUGUACAGUCAAUUUGGGUCGUUCAUGCAGCAGCAGCCGGUAUAUCCUCAUUAUGGAGGAUCGACACAGCAACCCGUUUAUAAUCAGCAGUACUACACUUCUCCGAAUCAACAACAGCAGCAGUCUCCUUUGAUUCGCCCACAGCCUCGGCCAUAUUAUCCUUCGCCGCUAGCAUCACAGUCUCAUGAAGUUGUGUUUUGUUGA